AUGGGCAACUCGUCCAGGAAGGGAGAGGGAGAAGAGGAAGAGGAGGGGGGGGUGAAGGAUGGCGAGGAGGAAGAAAUCAUAGAGAAGAAGAAGGAAGUGGAGGUGGAGGAAGAGCUUCCAAUAGGGGUGGAGGAGCUGUUCGAGAGCGGGGAUCCCGUGCUGGACCUUAGCUACUAUAAAUUUAAGCGGUUGCCGUCGCGUGUCAUUGAACUGAUGCAUCUGGAGAAGCUGUACGCUUGUGGGAAUCGCCUCCGCACUCUGCCGGACAGCAUCUCCCAGCUGCAGGGUCUGCGUAUCCUCGCCCUCGACUUCAACAAGAUGGAGGAUGUUCCGCCGGCCGUCUGCCAGCUCACGAACCUCACUCGCCUCUACCUGGGCAGCAACCGGCUCAUGAGCCUCCCGCCUGAGCUGAGGAACCUGCAGAGGCUGCGCUGCCUGUGGGUGGAGAGCAACUACUUCCAGAGUUUUCCACGGGAGCUCUACGACCUGCCCAACCUCAAGUCCCUUCAGAUUGGAGACAACCGGAUGAAGACGCUGCCCUCUGACCUCUGCCGUAUGGAGGCCUUGAGGGGAUUAUGGCUCUACGGGAACCGCUUCGAUACCUUCCCCAGAGCCUUGCUGCGCAUGGAGCAUUUGGAGAUUUUAGAUCUGGACCGCAACAAGAUAUCAGAGUUUCCCAGCCUGAAGCGUCUCCACGCCCUGCAGCUCUUCUCCUACGACCACAACCCAGUGGACAGCCCUCCUAGAGUGGGCGAGGAGGUGCUCGUGGUCGGUGAAGGCGCUGCAGAGUUCUUGGAGGAGCGCGAGGCCAAGAAUGAGAGACUACGAAAGGCUGCAGAGGAAGAGGCCGAAGAGCUGGCUCUGGCAGGAGAGGAGCCGGUGAUCCAUGGCAUCCUGAAGAACAGCAGCUCCAACUCAAAACCAGCUGUGUUGACCGUAGAGGACACAGACAUUAAAGAGGGAGAGCCCAUGGCGAACGAGGAGGAGGAGGAUAUGGAGCUGCCCGUCACUGAAUACGACGGAGCUGAGCUGGAAUAUGACGAGGAGGGGGUCGAGUAUGAGACGGAGGAGCUGAUAUGUGAGGGAGAGGGGUUUGAGUAUGAGGGAGACGAGCUGGAGUACGAGAGGGCUCAGAUGGACUACGAGUACGAGGAGCUGGAGGACUCGGGGAGAAAAGAUGAAGGGGCAUGA